AUGACUGCCGACAGUGAGACCCGCUUAGCAAAAGCAACCCUCGAAGACCGCAUCGUCGGCACGCUCAUCGGCUCGGCUCUCGGCGAUGCCGUUGGCUUGUACACCGAAUUCCUGACGAAAGAGCAAGCCCAGGCGGCGUACCCCUCAGGCGAGUUCUCGCUUCUCCCCAAUGCAACCCCGUUCAAGCGCGACUUUCACCGACUGAAGCACCGGAACGGCGAGUGGACAGAUGACACGGACCAUUCGCUGCUCAUACUCCUCUCGCACCUGCACAAUGGACAACCAGAUCACAAGGACUUUGCCGCCCGCUUGCGAGUGUGGGUGGAACAAGGAUUGCGCGCGCUCGACACAGCACCACUCGGCCUGGGUCGAACGGUCGGCAGCGUUGUCAGCAAUGAAGGCUUCCUCGACAACCCAUACAAGGUUGCGGCUGAAUGCUGGCGCAGAGGGGGCCACCAAGUCGCUGCCAACGGCAGUCUCAUGCGCACGCACACUCUCGGCCUUGCGAUGCUGUACGAGACGGAAGCAGACACUUUUGAGGUGGCUGCACGCUUCUCAGCCGUCACGCACGUUGAUCCGCGUUGUGUGACAUCCUGCAUGGUCGGCACUGCGUUGGUGCGUGGCUUGGUUCGUGGCCUGGUCACGACCACCGACGACGUCGAUGCAUUGGUUCGGCGGGCGGUGGACGCCUUCCCUCGUAUUAGGGAGCUCCUCCUGGCAGAAGGCGUGUACGAGGCCGACGACCCGAGUCUGGACGAGGACGAGCACGCGUUUGCUACAUCUCUUGACGCUCUCGAGCUCGACGGAGCGGGAAUCGGCUAUGUCCUGAAGGCCCUUGGCUCCUCGCUCGUUGUCCUUCGACGUGCUCUCAAUCAGCAGCCGACGCUGUACUCGCAAGCUACCUCCUUCCAGCCCCUCAUUUCAGAGCUGGUGAUGCACGCUGGCGACGCAGACACAAACGCCGUCACGGCCGGCGCCUUUCUCGGAGCCUGGGCUGGAUACAAGGCGCUCCCAUGGAAGGGCGGCUUGCGCCACGACGCCUGGCUUCUGGGCAAAGCGGACUCGCUCUGUCUCGCUCUUGGAGUCAAGGAAGGCGGCUAUGAUGGCAGGUCUGAUCCAGACACGGCUCCUGAUGGUGGUAGAGGUUUCAUCACUCCUGAACAGACCAAGGAGAAGUUUGAGGAGAUCCAAAGGCGGAUGGACGCUGAUGUCAGAGAGUUCAUGGAGGCCGAGGAGAAUGCCGCCAAGGAGCGCGCCAAGAAGAGGGGCUGGUUCUUUUAG